CCGGCCCGACUGUUGCAGAUCGCCCCCGAGAAACCCACCAAAUUCGCAGAACCUACACCGGGUCACUCACGCGGCCCCACCCGGCAGCGAGGGGGGCAAGGGCAAAGGCGGAGGCAGUUUGCAGGAAAGCCCCCGUACUAUUCCGCCUCGCCUCGCUCUUCCUUCCUUGCUGCCGUUGCUGCCUGCCUCCUCGUCCUCCUCCCUCUCGUCGCCUCGCCUCGGCCCAGGGACGGCGACGCCAACCGGCGAGCGGGCGGGCGGGCUCAUCCCAUCUCCUCUCCUCUCUUGCCGGCGGGGAGGGUCUGCGCGGCCGGCCGCCAUUGCCGCGUCUUCCCGAGUUUUGCAGUGUAGCUCUGAUUGGGGAAGAGUGGAAGAUGGUUGUCAAGGAGUUCACCGUUGAUCUCAACCAGCCUCUUGUUUUCCAGGUUGGCCAUCUCGAGGAACAUUACCAGGAAUGGGUUCACCAGCCUAUCGUCAGCAAAGAAGGUCCGCGCUUUUUCGCAAAUGAUACCAUGGAGUUCUUGACACGCACAAAGUGGUGGGCUGUGCCAGUCAUAUGGCUACCUGUCGUCUGCUGGCUGUUUGCCAAGUCGAUUCGGAUGGGUCACACCAUUCAGGAAGUAAUCCUGAUGGCCCUAUUUGGAGUGUUUGUUUGGACGUUCAUUGAGUACGCUUUGCACCGCUUCCUUUUCCACAUCGAGACGAAAAGCUAUUGGUCGAACACCGCACACUUCCUUAUCCAUGGAUGCCACCAUAAGCAUCCUAUGGACUCACUCAGGCUCGUAUUCCCUCCUGCUGGGGCAGCGAUCAUAUGUGUGCCGUUCUGGAAUGUUGUGGCAUUCUUCGCCAGUCCAUCUACCACUCCUGCGCUGUUCGCCGGUGGCCUGCUGGGAUACGUGAUGUAUGACUGCACGCACUACUACCUGCACCAUGGACAGCCAUCCAAAGAUCCAGCGAAGCAUCUCAAGCGGUACCACCUCAGCCACCAUUUCAGAAUCCAGGACAAGGGCUUCGGCAUCACCUCGUCGCUCUGGGACGCCGUUUUUGGGACGCUGCCUUCAUCCAAUAUCGUUGCGAAGCUCAGCUGACACGCACAAACAUGUUCUUUGCAUGAGGAAUUUCAGUAGAGUCUGUAGACUUAGGUUAGGGACAAAGCUCAUCUUGCCUUUCUGCCAUGGGUUCGCAUGUCUUCUCCAGUGGUGUGUGCUGAUGUCUGUUACGACGUGAAGACGUUUGGUUGCCUCAACUUUUAAUCGACAGAAAUAGGGUAUUCGUGUCGUGGUAGUCGAUGUUAGGAUAAAUAGUCACAUUCCUCGGUUCAGUUGUGAUAUCUUGUGUCAUCUUUCUCUUUGGGUUUUAGUUGUCGGCUGUUCAGAGAAUGGUGCGAGAUGCUCUUUUCUGGGUCCUCAUCAUGAGUUGCCUUCUAUCAGCAUAAAGGGAUAUCUGAAGGAUGGAUAUUCUCUGGAUUGUCUUUGUACCUUUAGAAGAGUGUGUACAAACUUGAACGUGUGUGAUGGAAAUAAAUGAACUUAACAUA